AUGUCGUCAUCAGCUCCACAGAGUAAACCAGUGUACCGACGUCUUGACUCGGAUAAUACUGUGACGACGAGGGCCUCGCCAGAUUUGGGUCGUCCACAAGUUCCCACGAAGAAAGGGAGCUUGUUCAGACUUACUCCCGGAGGCGUUACUCAGUCGAUGUUCACUUUAAUAUCAACAUCGAUGGGUGGUGGUGUUCUCUGCCUUCCUUAUGUGAUGAAGCAGGCUGGUAUCAUCAACGGACUGAUCCUGUUGGUAGUCUCUGCGGCCUUGGCUAUCCUUACUAUGUAUCUUCUGAUGGAGUCAGCUCAGAGGACUGGCAGAGGCUCCUACGGCUCUCUACUAGGCAGCUGUUGUGGUCGCUGGUCAGCUGCUAUAAUGGAUGCUAUUAUGUUCUUCUACGGCAUGGGCACAAUGACAGCAUACCUCAUUUUAGAAGGAGACUUUUUACCAGCUCUCUUCGCUUGGAUCGGCGUCAGCGUCCCCCGUACAUUCUGCAUAUUUCUGGUUGCCAUCGUGGCCAUCCCUCUCGUGCUGCCGGAGAAACUGUCCGUUCUUCGUCAUGUUACCCCUAUAUCGACUCUGGCCCUUAUCUUUACUGCUAUCUGCACCCUCAUUCAAGCUCCAGGGCGAGCAGAGAGUCUUCCUGAGGAUCUCACGGUUAACCUGGCUGUUUUCGGAUGGCCUCUUCUCAAGUGCUUGACUAUUACGCUUUUCGCAUAUAUUUGCCACACUAAUGUGGUUCCCGUGGCCAACGAGCUGAUCGACCCCACACCCAAGAGGUGCUUCAAAGUUAGUUUCAGAGUGGCAGUGCUGCAGCUGGGCUUCUAUAUUCUAAUCGGUGUAUCUGGUUACCUCAGUUUCUUGAGCACUACUCAUCAAAAUUACAUCACGAACUACUCUCACGACGAUGUUCUCAUUAACCUCUGUCGUUUGGCCCUCGCCCUCAGUCUGAUGUGCUCUAUUCCGAUCAACACCAAUCCGACGGCGAGAGCCGCUGUGCAUUUCAUCUCCUCGAUGAAGGAGGUAUCGGCAGCACAAAAUGAGCCUCUUCUUGAUCAGCGCGAAAGGUUACCGUCGUCCCUCCGUUGUGAGAGUCGAAGCGAGAAGAUUCUUCGUAUUUCGAUUUCCCUGAUUCUUCUCGUGGUGACCUUGACCAUUGCCAUAUUGGUGCCUGGCAUCGCUGAUGUUGUAUCCCUCUUGGGCGGUUCCUUGGGAACUCUACUGCUCGUCACUUGCCCUUGCAUUAUCUUCGUAAAGGUGAUGAAGAAGGAAUCGUCACGACUUACAGGAAGGGUCAUUGUUUGGACUCUUUCCAUUUUCACUGUUAUUGCGAUGUUUGCUGUAUGUUUAAUGAUUACCAACGCCGUAGGUUUGACACAUAUUCCUCUCGCGGCACAAUAAAUAUGUCUUCUAUAAAUGUUGUUUUCUGUUUUCUUGGUAAUGUCCUCACCCAUCGCAUUCGUUCUUAUUCAGUCUCUCUACUACUGAAACGUCUCUGUGGGCUCGUGCCUAUGCCUUCCUGUAUAUAUAGUUGUUGUUCAUCGCUCCACUUCGUUGAAUCUUUUCCAGUCGGUCGAGU